GGGAUUUCCCGAUUCACCGACACGCUACUACGCAAUCGUCGCUCGCCCUCCGCAUUUUCGCGUGAUCUCAAAAUUCUGGGGACUCCACGCGCGCAAACACUCUGUCGGUAGUCGCUUAGAGGACAAGGGGGCUGUCGAAUACGAUACAUCGUGACAACCUUAACCUGCCAUCGUCCAUCAGACGACCAUAUAUAAGGACGUGCUGCGCGGACAACCGACAGACAACUGCUUCUACAUCACUAAUCAGGCUAUCAGCCCCUUUCGCAUCGCCAUGGGUAUUUCUAAGUCGCAAUCGCGUGCCCCUGGGCUGAACGAUGAGCUGCUAGCCGUAUUGCCUGAUAGCAAACCAUGGUACACGAAGCCUCAUCUCAUCAAGUUGCACUUUUGCAUCUUGUCGCUGAUGCUGUUCUCUUCUGCGAACGGUUACGAUGGAAGCCUCAUGAACGGCUUACAGGCUCUGCCUCAAUGGGAGUCGUUCAUGGACACACCCACCGGUGCCUGGUUGGGUUUCCUGAACGCUAUCUACUGGUUGGGAAUGGGACUGUCUUACCCCUUGACAGCCUUCGUGGCAAACAAGUUUGGACGGAAGCCUGGUGUCUACAUUGGAUACAUCUUUCUGCUUGCGGGAUCCUUGCUUGUCUUGAGCGACAACAAUAUUGCGUUCGUGCUGUCUCGGUUGCUCGUUGGUUGCGCUUCCGCCUGGUUCGGCAACGCAGUUCCUCUCCUCAUCAAUGAGGUCUCUCAUCCAGUGUACAGAGGCAUCUUGAGUGCUCUCUUCAUGUGCGGUUGGUACGUGGGGGGCACCAUCGCCGCGUUUGUCACUUUCGGCACCCGCAACGUUGAAAGUGACUGGGCGUGGCGAAUUCCAUCUGUCAUGCAGUUGCUACUACCCUUCCUCGCACUGCCUGGUCUAUUGAUGGCUCCAGAAAGUCCUCGAUGGCUUGUCUCUGUUGAUAGAAGCGAGCAGGCCCGUACGAUCCUGACGACCUCCCACGCUGGCGGCGAUCCCACAUCGGCCUUGGUCGAAUACGAGAUGGUCGAGAUCACUGCUGCAAUACGCCUUGAGUCGACGCUGAAGGACGCGAGCUACAUGGAGCUGUUCAGCACACCGGGCAAUCGACGCCGUUUCUUCAUAUCGGUAUCCCUUGGAAUAUUCUCGCAGUGGUGCGGUAACGGCGUCGUGUCUUACUAUCUUGCGAUUGUCCUAAGGACCGUAGGAAUCACGAGUGUCACAGAUCAGACCUUGAUCGCAGGCCUGCUCCAAGUCUGGAACCUUCUCUUUGCAGUGGGGGCUGCACUCAGCGUCGACAGGCUCGGACGACGCCCACUCUUCCUGGCUUCAGCGAGUGUCAUGCUUGUAGCGUACAUCCUCGUCACAGCCCUCAGCGGUGCAUUUGCAGAAUCAGGCAGCCCUUCAACCGGCAUCGCUGUCAUUCCCUUCCUCUUCAUCUUCUUCGCUGGCUACGAUAUCGCUCUUACACCUUUCCUGACUGCAUACCCGUGCGAGAUCUGGCCAUACAGGCUUCGCUCUCAUGGUCUGACUGUCACCUGGAUCACAGUCGUGGUCGCCAAUUUCUUCAAUACCUUUGUGAACCCCAUUGCCCUUGAAGCAAUCGGCUGGAAGUACUACUUCGUGUUCAUCGUUGUCCUAAUCGCGAUGGGACUCACCGUAUACUUCUUCUAUCCGGAGACUCGUGGCUACACUCUGGAGCACAUGGCAGUCAUCUUCGAUGGCGACGACACCGCACCCCCUUCGGAGCAGACAGCCGCAAGAGCGUCAAGUAUCGACUCGGUCGCAGAGAAGGGAAAGGAUGUUUGGACCGCACACGAGGAGAAAGUGUAAUGUCAUGGUGUAAGCCAGCGGGGUUUUGUUCGUCUUGGGAGGCGGUUUAAGAAAAUGGAUCCGCUGUGUAACGUUUUGGACAGCCCAACUCGAGCAUCUCCACACACACUGUCAACGCCUGAUAGGGCCGUUGACUGGUUCCUACGUGGAUCGAACUGCUGUAGGGAGCGCUAUUAGUUGGUGUCUAGUGUUAGUGUUCCGAAAAUAUAAAUAGCUGCGCGCAGCGUAUUGGCACGGUAGACAGAAAGGCU